GCAGUUGUCGCCACUCUUCUGUCCUCCCAGCCGCCACUCUUUUCCACAUCAGCUUUGUGUUAAUAGCCCAGUUAUUGCUCUCCACUACACCAGCUCUCCUCCCAGCCAGAUCAGCUCUGAGCAUGCGUGACUGGAUUCAGCAGAUGGAGAGGAGGAAGAGGAGGAGGAGGGGCUGACGUGGAGAAACAGAGGAGGAGGGGAGAGUCUUUCCUGCCUCAGCAUCAGCAUCAGAGCUACGCUAGCUCUAGUCACCGGAAAACGGGGAGGAAGAAAAGACACGAGAGAUGAAAACAACAGACACAUCACCAUCUGCAAGAGUGUGAAUCCUGGACCCUUCGGUGAUUUAAAACCAGUGGGUGGAAUCGGAUCAGACAUGAGCUGAGAGGAGGAGGCAGGCUGCUGCACGCACUGCAUCAACAUGGGAAACCAGGAGGCAAAACAGAAGAAAUCUGGAAAUGGAAGCUACCCUUCUCUGGAUGAAGGAUGGAGAGAAGGAGGAGGGGAGACUACAAGGAAGGGAGGAAAGAAAGUCCAUGGGAAGCAUGGAGGGAGAGGAGCUGGAGGAGGCGGCGGCCAGCAUGGGACCGGAGCGGGCAAGAAGAAAAACAAACAGGAAUCCAAGUCCUCCGUCUUCUCUAUUCGGAAGAGGAAGGGGAACUUGAAGGGGAAAGGCGACGCAUCGGUGUCGGGCUCCAGGGAGGAUGUGUUGGUCUCCCUACAUGAUGAGCUGAGCACCAGAACGCCGGACCUGUCUGCUGAUGAGCUUGGACUCUCAGACACAGAAGCUGCUUUUCCAGAAAAGAGAGACAAACCAGAGAAGGUGGGAGGUGAAGUCCAGAUGCUGGAGCGGAAAGUGUCCACUGCAGCGACGUCUCCCACUGACGAGGGAGGACAGAAGAUGACCAGCUCUGGGUCAGACACUGACAUCUACAGCUUCCACUCAGCCGCAGACCACGAGGAUCUACUCGCUGACAUCCAGCUUGCUAUCAAACUCCAACACCAGCAGCAACAUGGGGGGGGCCCCACUCAAAGAGGGGGAGAUGGGGAGGGGGUAAGAAAGCUGAGCAAUGGCGUGGUCAAGUUAAGUCCUCCGGAGGUGCUUGAGCUGACCCCGGAGCUGGAGCUGGGAUCUGAUGCGCUGUCAUUCCUGGAGUCAGACACUUUAACAGUCCAAGAGACUCUUAAGAUCACAGAUCAAAGAGGACAGCGUGAUCAUUACAGGACACUGGGCAGAGAGGAGAAGGACGCGGACCGGCAUCUAGAACUAGAUCGGAAUGGUUUCGAUAAAUUGCCCCUUUUUACUGCCGACAGCACAAAAGACCACCAUGCUCGGGCACAGCAGCCCCCUCUAACUGACGUCUCCAUGGCAACACUCAGGGGGGCGACAGUCAGCCCAGUCGCCAUGACGACUAACAGCUUCACGCCUCUCACACAUGGCAGUACUGGAGAGAGUGAGGGAAGUGUUGAACUCCAGCAGGAGGACCUCAGUCCUGUCCUGGCAGACACCCACCAGAGUCUGGACCUACCCGCAGGACUCAGCUCAGGCACCAUGUCUGAGGAUGGGGAGGGUCUUUUGGAUGCAGGCACCAGCGCAGAGUCCCUGGAGGAUUCCCUGAAUCCGGCAACUGAACCCAACCACACUGAAGCCGACACUUCGGCCCCCAAGGAACAGAGCAGGAGGAGCAGUGCUUGCAUUCCACCUCUGGUUCCCCAAGAGAGCCCCAGUCUGGCCAAACAUCUCCUCAGAGCCACCCACUCCUCCUCUUCCUCAGGCUCUGUGGUGAAACCGUAUCCACCCAUUUUCCCUUCCUACAUCAAGACCACCACGAGACAGCUCAGCUCACCUGGACACUCCCCAUCUCUGUCCCCCUCCCACAGUCCUCUCUCGCCACGCCGAACCCACCACACCUUCCACAGGAUGAUACCGGACAGUCAUCAGCUGCGCAGGAAGCGCUCCAGGAGUCUGUCUCGCCCUCUGAGCCUCUCGGCCGACUGGACGGAGGAGGUGGAGAAGAGGCUGAGCAGGAGGGAUGACGAUGGAGGCAGCUCUGUGGAUUCUGGAGAAUAUCUGGUGGGCUACAGAGGAGGCAGUCAACCCAUCUGUGCAACCAGACGUUCUUCCUGUGGGCAGAUGUCCACCUGUGGAUUCCAGGACGUCUUCACCGGCCGGACUCUCCUUGAGAAGCUCUUCCAGCAGCAGCAGCCGGAGGAGUCAGAGGAGGCCGAGAGACUUUGCUCCAGGAUCUUGGCCAUGGGACUCCUGCUGCCAUUCACAGACUGCUUCAAGGAGCAGCUUGGAGGCAGCACAGCUCAGAUCACCUCAUCUACAGCUGCAACCAGGUUUGAUCACGACCAGUUAUACACGUGGGCCACGGUCAACCAGCCGCCUCUCUCGCUGGACAGUCUGGAGGGAAAACUUCCGGGUCAACUCAAGGACGCCUGGCCUCUUAUCAAGCCAGGAGGAGACAACAGGACUGGACACAGAGCCACUGACGCUGAGGACAAUCAAGGUUUGAAGGAGCAACAAGAGAGCCAAGAAUGUCAGGAGGAGUGUUUAGUGACGACAGCCAAACUGAAGGAGAAGCACGUCAACGUCAUCCAGCAGCUGGAGCAGACCAUCGAAGACCUCAGGACUAAGAUCGCAGAGCUGGAGCGACAGCCCCCUCUGCUGGAGAAGGACAGCACCAGCAGCGCAGACAAGGAGGUGGGACCUGACGAGGGUCUUCUGCUGUGCGACGCUCAUCUGCAGACGGAGGCGACUCUGUCCCUGGGCUGUCUCCAGGCCAAGUCCGUGCAGACAUCGCCUUUGGACGAGAGCUUUAAAUUCAAAGUGCCUUGUAGUGAAGCGGUUGUCGCGGGUGCAGCGCUGCCGCCGCCUCUGUCCACUCUGGAGGGGUUUCACUGCAAAUGCCAGCAGCAGCCACUCGCUUCACUCACACCUGGACCUCCUCCAUCAUUACCAGGAGGUUCAGUUCCAGCUGCACCGCCACCUCCUCCUCCUGCGCCUCCUGUUCCUGCUGGUAUUGCUCCACCACCACCUCCUCCGCCUCCUCCUCCCCCUCCUCCUCUUCCAGGUGGUGUUGCUCCUCCACCUCCGCCGCCACCGCCACCUCCACCCCCACCCCUCCCUGGUGGUCUAGCACCUCCACCACCCCCUCCUCCUCCUCUCCCAGGUGGUGUUGCUCCUCCUCCUCCACCACCACCACCUCCUCCUCCUCCAGGAGGUGUAGCUCCUCCUCCUCCUCCAUUACCAGGAGCAGGAGCUCCUCCUGCACCGCCUAUGUGUAUUCCCCCAGCUCUUCCAGGAGCUCUGGGCUCGCUUCCUCCACCUCUGCCUCUUGGCCUGUACUCGCUGAGUCUGACCCAGGAGAGACCACCGAGGAAGGCAGUGGUGGAGCCCCCCAGACCCAUGAAGCCGCUCUACUGGACCAGAAUCCAGUUGAACACGAAAAAAGAGGCUCCUUCUUCAUUGGUGUGGGAAACCAUAGAGGAGCCAGACGUGGACUUUGAGGAGUUUGUAGAGUUGUUCUCCAAGUCUGCCGUGAAGGAGAAGAAGCAGCCGCUCUCCGACACCAUCACCAAGUCUAAGGCCAAACAGGUUGCUAAACUGUUAAACAACAAGCGCUCUCAAGCUGUUGGAAUCCUCAUGUCCUCCUUGCACCUUGACAUGAAAGACAUCCAGCAAGCCGUUUUAAACAUGGACAACGCAGUAGUGGACCUGGAGACUCUUCAGGCUCUCUAUGAAAACAGAGCACAGCAGGAGGAGCUGGACAAGAUUGAGAAGCAUUUCAAGUCCACAAAAGACAAGGAAAAUGCUAAACCUCUGGAUAAGCCUGAGCAGUUUCUCUACCAGCUUUCUCUGAUUCCCAACUUCUCAGGCCGAGUCUUUUGCAUCCUGUUCCAGUCCAGCUUUACUGAGUGUAUGUCUUCGAUUAUGAGGAAACUGGACACGCUUCAGAAGGUGUGCAAGAUGCUACAGGAAUGUGAAAAAGUGAAGCGGGUUCUUGGUUUGGUCCUGGCGUUUGGCAACUUCAUGAAUGGUGGCAAUCGAACUCGAGGACAGGCAGAUGGCUUCACGCUGGACAUCCUGCCCAAACUGAAGGACGUCAAGAGCAGCGACAGUACGAAGAGUCUUCUUUCUUACAUUGUCGCCUACUACCUCCGACACUUUGAUGAGGAUGCUGGCAGGGAGACGUGCAUCUAUCCUCUUCCUGAACCUCAUGAGCUGUUCCAAGCUUCCCAGAUGAAAUUUGAGGAUUUUCAAAAAGACUUGUGCAGACUCAGGAAGGACCUCAGAGCCUGCACAUCGGAAGUGGACAAGGUCUGCAAAGUGUCAGACGACGAGAACCUGCAGCCUUUCAAAGGCAAGAUGGAGGCGUUUCUCUCAGAAGCUAAACUUGAGUUGGAGACACUGGACACUCAACUGGGCAGCACACAUAAACUGUUCCUGGAGCUCACAGUGUUCUUCUCAGUAAAAGCCAAAGGAGGGGAGAAGGAGGUCUCCCCAAACACCCUCUUCUCUUCCUGGUACGAGUUUUCAUCAGACUUCAAGGACCAGUGGAAGAGGGAGAACAAAUGUAUUCUGAAGGAGAGGUUAAAAGCAGCAGAGGAGUGCUUCCGUCAGGCCAAAGAGAAGGCGUCCUACAGUGUGAAACCCAAACACGCUUCUGGCAUUAAAGCGAAGCUUGGCAUGAAGAUCUGACCUGCUGUGACACGCAAGACUUGAGUUGACAAGAUCAAUUCUGAAGCUGGACACAACAAAUGUAUUUAUUUUCGAUCAGUUAUGUCAGCAUUUUGCCUUAUUUUACUCUUCAACAAGUGAUGUCAACAAAGAACAGUAAAGCACUGUCUACAUGUACAAUGUUUUUUCAUUUCGACAACAGUUGAAUUCUACUGUGGCACCAUCACAGCUACCAACAGUGUGUCGCUGGGACGUGCUACCACUUUGCCAUAUGUCUGAGCUGUAUGAGAUUAUCAUUCGCCAAAUCACUUUUUGUCUUUUGCCUCUUACUCGACACAUUUGCCUUCACUGUUUGCUUGUCAUGUUUUCAGCUGUCUUUCAUAUUUCAAAAGGGAAAUAUUUGCCAUUUUGGCUUGCACUACACCACACACCAACUCCUCAGCUCAUCACUACUUCAUUGCUCAUUGUGGGUCACUGAAAAUUCAUUCAAAUGUGUGGGUUUAUUGUCUAUUUGGGUUGCAGAAGGUGUCAAAAGUUUGGCCGGUGUUGUGUGGUGUCUAUGCAGCUGGGUGAAAAUGAAUGUCGUCAUCCACAUUCUGAUCACAUAAUCCCUCCCUGCUUGCGCUCCUGCUACUACUCACAGACACCAAGGGGACGUCAAGGCUAAAACACUUUCUGCUUGGUGAUUUUGGUAGCUCAGCGGUUUCCCUUUUCAUCUCAGGCACCGUUAUAUCAUCAAUGUUGAUUGCCACUGCUCCCUUUAAUGACUCCUGAACCAAACUCAGUGUAUCCAGAUAACCAAUAAUCUCACGUGUAUAACAGCCCAACCUCAUGUUCCUUCAGAGCCGACUUCUAAGAUUAUUGUAACUCACUAUAUAAAUGUAAAGUUGUGGUAACAGUGUGAUCCAAACAUACAGUACAUACACGACGGCUGCUCCAACACAGGCGAAAAUGUGCUUUGGUUGACAGGUGUGACAGUUUGGUUGAGCCAUGAAAAGUGUGAAAGUUGGCCAUGAAAACAUCCCUGAACAACUUGAAGAUUUUGUAGACAAGUCAUUGUGUACAUGGAAUGUGAGCACCCUAGAAUGUGAGUUGCAUUUAAACAAUCUGCUCAUUUUUUUUAUUGCCAACUUUAUUAUUUUGUCAGCUGUAUGGUGAGUUAGUAUGAGUCACACUCUCUAGUGCUUCUUACCUGACCCAUUGUUUUUGUGGACACGUUCACUAUCAUGUAAGUCACAUCUCAGCAUCGCUUACUGUUCAAAUUAAGAUCCAGCAAAGGUGUGUGUUAGUUUUGAAAUAAACAUAUUUUGUGAAGAUAUUGCAAUAUGCACCUUGUAUUUUAAAGUAAAUGCAACCAGGUUACAGCCAUUACUGCAGCACUUAUUGUCCACACAAUUACUUUCCCUUUUUCAUUGGAUUUGCAAGUGAUUGAGAACUGUGAGAGAUGAGCUGUGUGUACAGUAUAGAUCAGUAGAAUGUACAGAAACUACAGUAAUUGUACAAAAAGGGAAAGUCCCAUGAGACAACUUUUGUGUUUCAUCGACUAAUGUGCAUGUAAUGGUUGUUUCUAUCUAAAUGUUCAGGGUGCAUGGGGACAGGAAGCUGUUUAAUUUAUCUAAAAUAAAAAGAAUCACACAACGUGCUCUUUGU